AUGGUGUGGAAACUUAGAGAAGGAAAAGGAGGAUUGGAUUGGAUCAUCUCCAAUGGACGGUCCAUAGUGCAGCUCUCCAGAUGGCAGGGAAUUACAUGCGGCCGCAGGCAUCAAAGAGUUACGGCCUUGUACCUGCCUGGCUAUAACUUGAGUGGAUCCAUAUCACCUUACAUCGGCAACCUCAGCUUUCUUAGGGUGGUCAACCUCCGAGACAACUUCUUACACGGCCAAAUUCCACAAGAAGUUACUCAUUUGCUCCGGCUGCAAAAUCUCAAUCUUAGCAAUAACUUGUUAACAGGAGAAAUUCCCAGCAACUUCACCAACUGUCCUGAACUCAGAAUCAUGGACUUCAAAAGGAAUAAACUUACUGGGAAUAUUCCUUCUGAGCUGGGCUCUUUGAAGAAGCUUGUCAAGCUUCAGUUUUACCAAAAUAAUUUGACAGGAGGCAUCCCACCGUCUUUGGGAAAUGUUUCUUCACUCGAAGCACUCGAAAUUUCGUUCAAUAAUUUAGUGGGAAAUAUUCCAGAUGAGAUAGGCCAUUUGCGGAGGUUAUUUUUCUUCGGAGCUGGGAGCAAUAAUCUGUCCGUUUCACUAUCCAAUGCUUCUCAGCUUGAAGCACUUGAUCUCUCCAAUAACAAUUUUGUGGGGCAAGUUCCAACUGAUCUAGGAAACCUGCUAAAUGUCCAGAUACUAGGUGUUGGUGGAAAUAAUCUUGGAAGUAAUUCAACCAAGGAUUUGGAUUUCUUAACGUCUUUGGGUAACUGCACCAACCUGGUAGAGCUAGCUUUUUCCAGUAACAAUUUCGGAGGUAGUUUACCUGAUUCUAUAGGCAAUUUGUCGAAGCAACUCAGUGUUUUGUAUAUUGGUGGCAAUCAAAUAUCUGGAAUUAUUCCUGCAACAUUAGAGAAUCUCAUCAACUUAAGUAUCCUCAAAAUGCAGGAAAACCUGUUCACAGGCACCAUCGCCAAUUAUUUUGGGAAGUUACAAAAGCUACAAGGAUUGUAUUUGUUUGGAAACAGAUUGUCAGGGCACAUACCAUCCUCUCUAGGCAACCUCACUCAAUUGGUAGAACUUUUCUUAUAUCAGAACAAAUUGGAAGGGAGCGUUCCAUCAAGUUUUGGAAAUUGCAAAAGUUUGCAGUUCUUAGAUAUUUCAAAAAAUAAUCCUAGCGGAGCCCUACCCAAAACGAGUAUUUCUUCCCAAUUACUAGGACUUGACUUAUCACAAAACUCAUUAACGGGCAUCCUACCUAUGGAAGUGGGAAAUUUGAAAAAUAUUUACCAUUUGGAUGUCUCUGAAAACAAUUUGUUUGGUGAGAUUCCUAGAAGCAUUGGAGAUUGCUUGAGUUUGCAGAAUCUUUACUUGCAAGGUAAUUCAUUUGAAGGAAACUUACCUCUAUCUUUGGCAUCCUUGAAAAACCUUCACUAUGCAAAUCUUUCGCGAAAUAAUUUUUCGGGAAUAAUUCCUAAAGAUCUACAGAAAAUUUCUGUUCUACUGUAUUUGAAUCUUUCAUUUAAUAGUUUGGUGGGCGAGGUACCAACAGAGGGAGUUUUCCGAAAUGCAAGUCAAAUAUCAGUGAUAGGAAAUAAAAAGCUUUGCGGAGGUAUCCCAGAGCUGCAAUUGCAAGCAUGCGAUAUCAAAGUUAUGAAGCAAGGAAAAUCCCAUGUAUUCAAAUUAACUUCCAUAAUUGUUAGUGGGGUUUUAUGUUUCAUUCUAUUUUCAUCCUUUCUUAUCCUUUAUAAGAGGAGAAAAUCAAAAAAAGAAUCUUCUACGCUCCCAAAAACCAGCCAACUUCCAAAUGUUUCAUACAGGGAACUCUAUCAAACGACUAACGGAUUUUCUCCUAACAAUUUAGUUGGAUAUGGUAGUUUCGGCUCUGUAUACAAAGGAAUUCUUGAUCAAGAAAAAAAAAUGGUUGCUGUGAAAGUAUUGAAUCUUCAACAGAAAGGAGCUUCCAAGAGUUUCGUGGCUAAAUGCAAUGCGUUAAGAAAUGUACGACAUCGGAAUCUUGUUAAGAUCUUAACUUGUUGCUCUGGUGUGGACUAUAAUGGCAAUGAAUUCAAAGCUUUAGUUUACGAAUUCAUGGAAAAUGGAAACUUAGACAAGUGGCUGCACCAUGAUAGAGACAAUGAAAGUCCACCAAGAUAUUUGAACCUCCUUCAAAGACUAAAUAUUGCGAUUGAUGUAGGUUUUGCAUUGCAUUAUCUUCAUGAUCAUUGUGAAACACCUAUCAUUCAUUGUGAUUUAAAGCCAAGCAAUGUUCUUCUUGACAAUGACAUGAUUGCUAAAGUAAGUGAUUUUGGUUUGGCAAGAAUCCUCUUUACAACAAAUGAUGUUUCUCAAGAUCAAACUAGCACGGUUGGAAUAAAGGGUACUAUUGGCUACGCUGCUCCAGGAUCUAAAGACAAGGAGUGA